UUUUUUUUUUUUUUUUUUUCCUCUUGACAAACAGAUAUCCCUAUUUCGCCUCUACCCAUCAUGAACCCCGAAUACGACUACCUCUUCAAGCUCCUGCUUAUUGGAGACUCCGGUGUUGGAAAGUCUUGCUUGCUUCUUCGAUUUGCCGAUGAUACCUACACGGAAAGCUACAUCUCCACGAUUGGCGUGGAUUUUAAAAUCCGGACCAUUGAACUCGACGGCAAGACUGUGAAGCUUCAGAUCUGGGAUACUGCAGGCCAGGAGCGUUUCCGAACCAUCACCUCGUCCUACUACCGUGGCGCUCAUGGUAUCUGUGUUGUCUAUGAUGUGACCGACAUGGAUUCUUUCAACAACGUCAAGCAGUGGCUCCAGGAAAUCGAUCGCUAUGCAACCGAAGGUGUCAACAAGCUGCUUGUGGGCAACAAGAGCGACAUGGAAGACAAGAAAGUUGUGGAAUAUACCGUGGCGAAGGAAUUUGCCGAUAGUCUGGGAAUCCCGUUCCUUGAGACUUCCGCCAAAAACGCCUCUAAUGUCGAACAAGCUUUCUUGACGAUGGCAAGACAGAUCAAGGAGCGCAUGGGGACCGCCACCAUCAACAACAAGCCCACUGUGCAGGUCAGCCAGGGCCAGGGCGUCCAGUCUGGUUCUGCAGGUGGAUGCUGCUAAAUUCACGGACCUCCGCACCUCGCCGGGGAUCAUUUCCGCCUGGCAGUCAAUGAUGCUAUGGAUAGGGACCCCUGGCAAUACGUGGCAGUGAACAACAAUCUUGACGGGUUUUCAUUCCAGCAUGCUUUAAACAAUCAAAACCGAUGCUGUGAUGAUGGACUGACCACACCCAUUGCGAUGACUGCUGGGAUCUCUUGUCUAUUCUCUUCAUAAUCUUCUUACUACUCCUUUCCUCCCCCGGCUUCCAUCCUGCUUUAGACGGUCUGCGUUUUUUGUCCUCUUGCUGUCUUCUUAUCUUUUCUAUUUAUUGUGAUUACUGCUGGUGUUAUUUUCUUCUACUUCUUUUCUUUUCCUUUUUUUUUUUUUUUUU